GAGUGUUGAAUAAGUUACCGUGACAACCCCUAAAGAAGAAGUAUUACAAGACACACACACCAAGACAGUGCAGGGCCUGCAAAGACACACACUCACAAUGGCGGACAAGAAGCUAGCCAAAAAACUGGCCAAGAUGUCUGAAGAGGACAGGGCGGCGUUUCUAGAAGAGCAGAAACUCCAGAACCAAGAGAUGCAAAAGAAGAAAGAAGAGAUGCUUACACGGUUCCUCAAAGAAAAACUGACCAAAGAGGAGAAGGCGACACAACUAAACAUGGUCAAGCUACAAAACCAAUGGAGAAAUAUUAUGCGAAAGUCCAAAACUGAAGAUCUCCGUAAAGAUGUUGAUGUGAUGGGUAAAACUUUUGAGAGGGUGGUAGACCGCAAAGACGCCAUAAUUCAGUCGUUGGCCAAGGAUCUGGAGGAAGCAGAGGAACAGUAUCAAGUGGCACUCAGAUCACAUAUACAGAAUCUUGACCAGCUCAUAGAUUUUCAAGAGAAGAGGACCAAGACCCUCAAAGAUGACUACACUAAAGAACUAGACGCUCUAAAGAAGGAAUUUGACAAAGAGAGAGAGUUUAAAGUGAGCCACCAUGAACAGGAGAUGAAGAGCCUCAGUGAUAUACUCUAUGCUAUGGAGCUCAAAUACAAUGAACGAGAGUCCAAAGCACAGCAUGAGUUUCAGAGCAUUAUGGAUGAACUAAAAAACAAGAAUCUCGAGGAUACACAUGCUCUGAGCGCUCACCGCAAGUCAGUGGUGGACGAGCUCUGGCAGGAGUUUCAGAAGGAAACCAAGCAGUACAAAGACAACACUGAGGAGAGGAAAUUGAGGUUCGAGGCGCUAAAGAAAAAAGACGAAGAGUCAGCUAAAACCAUAGCUCGGCAAAUGAGAAAGUUAGCCAAACUCCAGGAAAAUAUUAGUCAACUGAAGCAGAGGAUGUCUAUCAACGCCAAGGAGAGUGGAGAGAAAACUAAAGCUAUCAGAGAAGAUCGUGAGACCAUAUUGGAGCACUUUCGGGAGCUGAAACACGAGAUGACGAUAUCACGUGAGGGGGACAGAGGGAAACUGACCACGCUUACACUACAGAGCGAUACCUCCAUGAAGGAACUGGAGAGGAGGAAACAAAAGGGAGAGAAGGUCCUGAGAGUGGCUGAAAUGUGUCGUAAGCUGGAGACAGAGGAAGAGAAGGUGCUACCUUUCUAUGCCCCCUCACUCUCCCACGAGGAGACCCAAAAAGUGGCCAGUGUUGAGAAUGAGCCAGGACUGGAGGCAUUGGCUCAGGUGAUGCAUGAGUACACUGCAUUAGAGAACUUCUGGCGACGUUACAACAAGGUGCUGUUGGACAAACUGGCACAGGACAGAGAGAAGUUAUUACUAGAGGACGAGAAUACACAACUCAAGGCACUGCUCAAGCAAUACCUUGAUGGUAUUUCUGUGAAUGAUGAGAUUCUGAGUCGAUCCAAUCCCUUGUUUGUGGUGAGCAGUCAUACGGGUGCCCCCUCCCCAAUGGCCGUCCCUCUCGGAGACCCCAGGGUUAAACGAAAGCAGAGACAAACUGUAAACAUUGUAGAAGCAGCUCAUGUAGUCAAAAAUAUUGCUUGACAUUGUUUUAUUAUUAUAAUAAUUAUUGUGUUUUUGUGUUAGUGUUGGACAAGUGAAAAAUAUGAUCUAAAAAUUAUUCAUGACAUUGUGUUUCCUGUGUGGGCAAUUAGAUCUCGCAUUCCAGCUUAACUAUUUAAUUCAGCAAAAACGUUCUGAGCAAGCUAAAGAAACAGAAGUAUCAAACAUGUCUAGUGCUGUUGGUAAGACCACUGAUCAUAGGCCCGGCCAUUCCGGACAACCCAAGACCAAGUUUGAAUUCAACAUAGCUGAUCCAAUCAUGGUAGGCCAUCUCCGCAAGCAGGGAGAGAAGGGAACCAAGACCUUCAAGAGGAGGUUCUUUGCACUCUAUCGGAACUACUUGGUCUACUACACUGACCCAGUGCAAUGGCAAAGCGACAAAACCUAUCAGUCUUUCAGGUCACGAAAAGGUGCUGUCAAGCUCCAAGGUGCUUCGUGCAAGGCUGCAAUGGAUAGUGGGGUUCCUCAAGAUUGUAUUGCUGCCUUCAUUAUUCAUGCACCAGACCCAACCAACAAGAGAAAGACGUAUUUGUUGGAUACAGUGAGUGAGGAGGAGAGGACCCAGUGGGUGGAGGCCGUUAACAAAGCUAUCAAAGCUCCCCCAAAGGAAGGAGCCGCAAAUUAAGUCCUAACUCAUUUCAGCUUAUUCAUAAUCAUUUCUGCUGUUUUAAAAUAAUUAUUAUUUUUAUAAAUUAAAAUAUUGUCAUGAGACUUUUCGAGAUAAA